AUGGAUCGGGGUCUGGCUCGAGGCCGUCGGCCGUCUGCAGAUGCGAGCAGAUGUGGCACAUGGCACAACUCGGGAAAGGGCCUUCCCGCAAGUGUCCAAACGAACAUUGAGAGCUAUCUACCGCCUCUCCUUGCAAGAGCCGUCUGCCGAGAAUGGCGGGAUAAUGUCGAACAUGACUGGGCGACGUUGCAUGCACUGAGGGAACUGCUACAAUCCUUGGAUCUCUGUGACGAGUCUCCCCUUCUCUGCUGCCCGGGUCCUGCAGAAAACCCUGCUGUGCGGGAAUGGGCCGCAAAGAAUUUCAAGUGGCAAGAAGGCACAUGCUUUGUUCCGCUGUUUGAGCUCGACGGCGACACAUUGCAAGCUGUCACUGAUCUUUGGGAGCCUCCGCAUCAGCAUCACUUUGUUAAAAUUAUCGCAAUCAGCUCUCUCGACAAACUGCGUGCAUGGAUGCAGGUGCAGGCAGAGUGCGUCAGCGAUGGCCGCCAGGAGCUGUCUAUGGUGCUGCGAUUGCUAAUGCACAGAGGCAUGUCGUUCACAGAUGUCUAUACCGAGUGCGCUCCAGGUCCUCAUUCGACAUACCGAUACGCGGCACAAAUCGCGGCAUUGCUUUGGCAGUGCAAGUCAUGA